GAUGUGUGGUAUCGAUACUGGUAGUGGUAUCAUAAUUAGUUUCAGAGAAACCGAAAUGAUCCUUUUGUUCCUGGUAUUAGAGUGACAACGCUAGAUGCCUCCCAAAGAAAAGAAGCUACUCCGGAGGUUUUUGUUCAAGUGCCUCGAUGAAGGACACAUGAAGGGAAUAAGAUGGAUGAAUAGGGAUGAGAAGACUUUUCAGUUGCUAUGGUUGCAUGCCAACAGUCCAGAAUGGUGUGAAGAAAAUGGCGCAUUGUUCAAGGAAUGGGCCAUCUACAAAGGACGGUAUCAGCAACAACCUGACGGAACGAUGCCACCUGAUGAUUAUACGAAUUGGAAGGCCAACUUCCGGUGCGCUAUAAACAGAUGUAACGAUAUCAAAGAGAUCAAAAUGGACACUGGAAAUAAGGACUUGAAAACUUACAUGUUUAUUCCAAGAAGGCAUGAAGAUCAAUGGGAAAUAUAUCAACCGUUCCCAAACUCAACCUGGCGAAAUGAAGACGGUGAUGAGAAAAACGUAGUUUAUACUACCCCAACCAGCCAGAGUACCACACCACUGUCAUACCAAGCUCGAAUGCCGGUAAACACGGACCCCUACGCUACUGUGGCAUUCGUCAGUGAUGCAGAAGCCCAGUAUCUGCCAGAAGUCUUGGAAAAGUUACCAGUGAGCCCUCCCGCAUCUCUACCUACAGAUGAUUAUAACUUUGAGAUUCCCAGUCCUCAUCAACUGGACCUCCUCCAGCAGAUGAUAAACGAAAAUGGUUUACUAGACCUGCUUCAAUGCCAAAGUGUUGAUGAUAAUGAAAGAAACGUGAACAGCCUGAUGGACCUGGCUUCUAUCGAAGCACCUGGCAUAGAUCCACAGCAUGCAGGUUCCAACGUCUCUUUACCAGAUUCCCUCUCUCUGGUACGCUUCGUUAACACCAAACCUGAAAUGAUCGACAUGAUUGCUUGGUUGCGGUACAGGGAGAAAGUAGUUGAAAAGAAGUACAUCCGGUGCGACAGAGGUUUCAGACUUAUGAACGCUGAUGGAGAGAGACGAUCACAGAUACCAGAAAAGUUUAGUGGAUGCUCGUUGCUCGGCACCCCUGCUGCAUGUUUCCAUGCCCACCGCAAUAUUGAAAACACUGAGCGUAUCAUAAAAUUUAUAGGGAACGGACUGCAUCUAUUCUGCGACAAAGAUGGAAACAUAUCCGCUACGAGACUCACCAGUUGCCGAAUAUACUAUGCUGAUCCUACUCUCAAAAAGGCUGCUGAACCACAAUUGUUGCCAAGGAGACAGUCAGUAAAAGUGUUUGACAAGGACGCCUUCAACAAGAAGCUGGCCGACUGGGAAAAGAAUGAGAACAGUGGUGAACGGCCAAGCGUCAGUAUCCUGUUUAGUCUGGGCGAAAAUUGGUCCCUGUCGAAGCCCAUCAACAAGUGCUACAUGAAUUUAAUGGUCGUCCAUUGCUACAGUUGGUCCCAACUGGGGAGCGUCAAGGUCGCCGAGACUGCACAGUUCGAAGAAGAGAUGGAAGGAGCAUGUGCUGCUAUAGAGGGCUUGCCAAUAGUCAACAUGGUCCAGUAACGAAAACGUUGUGAGCUCCAGAAGACAUCUAUUGGUUCAACAAGAAUUUUUCUUGUGCGACAAUUGCGCAUCCUGGUCCCCUAUUCCUCCGAAUCCAGAAUGAGAUGCGAAAACCGCGGUGGUCAAGAUGCAGUUUUCGAGGCUAUAAUUGACAUUAAAUGAGAUGUACCAUUGCGUAUUCGAGACAGUGAUUCACAUUGGAAAUGAAUAAACAGUAGGAGGUCGUUUAAUGAGCCCUGGUCCUACCGUGCUUUAGUACUAAAUAAAUGUAAUAAUAGUCUAUUUAAGUUCCAUAUUGAGCAUAAUUUAAGUUAAUACAAUGCGAUACAGUUUACUGAUAAAUAUCUUGAUCAUGUCGCUUUGACAUAAAAAUAAUAUAAUACUCAUGUAUGUACAUUUUUAUGUACAAUACAUUACAUAGAGCACUACUAAGUGACGUCAUCACAAGGACGGGGCGUCGCCGCUCAUCUGACGCAAGUUUUGUAUCGUUGUGGUCGUUUUGCCAUGUAGCCAAAAGCGGAUGGAAACGAAACCAUUUGGAGCGAUGCGGCAACGGAGAGUAAACUUCAGUAAAGAAUGACACGGCCAUUCUGGUUGUGAUGCCGUCACCUGUAGCAAACCGUAAUAAAGGUCUUUAAAAAUAA